AUGCUUCCGCUAGGCACUCCCUCCCCGGAUUUCUCGCUACCCAAUAUAGACGGCAAGGUAGUCUCGCUGGCCGAUUUCCGCGACGCCCCCGCCUUGCUGGUGAUGUUCAUCUGCAACCACUGCCCCUUUGUCAAACACAUUGCCGAUGAAUUGGCCAAGCUAGGAAGUGACUAUCAGGCCAAAGGUGCAGCGGUCGUAGCGAUCAACUCCAACGACGUCGAGAAUUACCCCGACGAUUCGCCGGCCAAAAUGAAAGAAGAAGCCCAGACCCGGGGCUACACGUUCCCGUAUCUCUACGACGAAACGCAAGAAGUGGCCAAAGCCUACCACGCGGCCUGUACGCCCGACUUUUUCGUCUUCAACGCCGACGGCAAACUGGCCUACCGCGGACAACUCGACGCCAGCCGCCCCGAAAACGGAGUGCCCGUGACCGGCGAAGACCUUCGGGCAGCGCUCGACGCCGUGCUCUCCUCAGGUUCCGCCCCCGAACCCCAAACGCCCAGCAUCGGCUGCAAUAUCAAGUGGAAAGCCGGCAACGCCCCUGAGUACUUCGGUUAA